AUGGCUCAACCUGUUGUCAAUGUUUAUACAACUGCUUCAUCAGCUGAUAAUUUAUCCCGUCAUGAAAUGUUGAUGUGGGUGAAUGAUUGCUUGCAAGCACAAUUUUCGAAAAUUGAACAACUUCAUACAGGAGCUGGAUAUUGUUUGGUUAGUUAUUUGGAAAGGGAUUCAGAAAUUUCUGUUAAAAAAUGAAUAAGAUCUCAAUAAAAACAACAAAGCCACUUAAUGUUAGAUUUCAGUUUCUCGAUCUAUUCAAAUUAAAAUCCUUGCUUUCAGUUCACCGAUUUUCUGUUUCCUGAUGCAAUCCAAUUGAAAAAAGUGAAAUGGAACAGUCGUUUGGAACUCGACUGGCUAUCGAAUUGGAAAUUAGUUCAAACUACGUGGAAAAAUUUGGGAGUUGAAAAAGUGAUUCCAGUUGAUCGACUCAUCAAAGGAAAAUUCCAGGUGCUAAUUUUUCCAACAUGAAUUUCAUAGAUUUAAAUUUUUAGGACAACUUUGAAUUCUUGCAAUGGUUCAAAAAAUUGUUCGAUGCAAACUAUGAUGGACACGAAUAUGAUCCAGUUGCUGCUAGAAAUGGAGAAGCUUUUCCAUCGGAUGCACCAGGUAUUUUUUUCGAAAUUCAGAUUUUUUUGAAGACAAAAAUUAAUUUUUCAGCAGCAAAACCAGCAGCAGCUUCGCGUAUGCCUGGUCGUACUACAAAACCAGUGGUUACAACAAUUCGUCAAGCUCCCGCUGCAGCUGCUCCAUCUCCAGCGGCUGCUCCAAAACCAACACCAACCCGUGCUGCUCCAGCUCCGCGAGCUGCUUCAUCGAUUUCUGGCUCAUCAAAUGCUCUUCAUUCAAAUAACAAUAAACCUGCUGCGCCUGCAAAAGUUGCUGCACCACCAAAAGAUAAUUUUGAGUUGCAAAAAGUCAAAGAAGAACUUGAUGAGGUUAGGUUUCCUUACUAAUUGCGAAAUUCAAAAUUAAUUUUGAAUUUUCAGGUAACUCGACAAUUAACUGAAAGUGACAAUGUGAUAGCAUCAUUGGAAAAAGAAAGAGAUUUCUAUUUUUCGAAAUUACGAACAAUUGAAGUAUUAUGUCAAGAUAAUGAAUCGAUUGGAAAUGUCGAAGUUGCUCGAAUUUUAGAGGUUUGCUUUUUUUUAUUUGAUCAUUUUGGAAUUUAUUUGAAAAUUGCAGGUUCUUUACGAAACUGAAGAAGGAUUUGCUCCACCAGAUGAAGAAGCAAAUGGAGCUCCUGAAGAGUUUUGA